GCGGUGACAGUCCGGUCGGCGCGUGGGCGAAGGGAAAGGUCCCGCGGACGAGGGAAGGAUCGGACGUCCGACCGUGCGGCCCCCGAGGCCUCCCUCCCGCCAGCGCCAUGAGGACCCCCCGGGCUGCCCGCGCGCUCCUGACCGGGGUUUACCUCAGGGGCAUCGGCCUCCACAGGCGGCCCCUUCCCGGAGUCCAGGGGUUUUCUUCGUCGUCGGAUUGCGAUCUCCAGGUGUGCGUUGUUGGCAGUGGUCCUGCGGGCUUCUACGCUGCACAACAUGUUCUCAAGCUUCAGAAAUCUGCCAUUGUUGAUAUCUAUGAGAAACUACCAGUCCCCUUUGGCCUCGUAAGAUUUGGUGUUGCUCCUGACCAUCCAGAAGUGAAGAAUGUUAUCAACUCAUUCACCCAGACAAUGCACCAUGGUCGCUGCUCGUUUUAUGGGAAUAUCACUGUUGGGAAGGAUAUUAGUGUGGAAGAGCUCAAACAAGCAUACCAUGUAGUGAUACUGGCCUAUGGAGCACAGGAUAAUCUGAUGCUUGAGAUUCCUGGGGAGUCCCUGCAUGGCGUCUAUUCUGCACGAUCGAUUGUAGAGUGGUACAAUGGUGUACCUGGAAUUCAAAAUCUGAACCCGGACCUGAGUUGUGAGACAGCAGUUAUCUUGGGACAAGGAAAUGUGGCCCUGGACGUUGCCAGGAUUCUCAUUUCUCCUAUUGACUUGCUUAAGAAAACUGAUAUUACAUCAUAUUCUCUGGAGGCAAUCGCUGCUAGUAAAGUGAAGAGGGUCCUGAUUGUUGGAAGAAGAGGACCCUUACAAGUCGCCUUUACCAUUAAGGAGCUGCGUGAGAUGGUGAAUUUGCCUGGUGCUCGACCAUUGUUCAACCCCAGUGAUUUUGAGGGUCUUAGGGAAAUCAUCAAAGACAAGCCACGGCCAAGAAAGAGGUUGACUGAGCUAAUGGUUAAAACGGCCCUCGAAAAGCCUUCAGCAAAAGAAGCCAAGCGACAGGAAGAAGCUGCCAAAGAAUGGGGUCUUCGGUUCUUACGCAGUCCAGUGCAGAUUUUGCCAACUAGUGAUGGAAAACACGUAGCUGGAAUACGUCUGUCUGUAAAUAAAUUGGAGGGUUCAGGAGAGUCUCUCAGGUCCAUUCAGACAGAAGAGCUUGAAGAUGUGGAGUGUGGCCUGGUAUUGAGCAGCAUUGGCUACAAAAGUCAUCCCAUCAGCUCCUCUUUUCCAUUUGAUAAUAAGAAAAGAGUUAUCCCAAAUCACUUGGGUCGAGUCCUGAACACACCAGGUCUUUACUGCAGCGGCUGGGUAAAGAGGGGACCAACUGGGGUCAUAUUGACCACAAUGAAUGACAGUUUUGAAACUGCGGAGUCUGUGGUGAAGGAUGUCAAAUCGGGGUCACUGAAUUUGUCUGUUCCAAAAGCAGGGUUCAGUGCUGUGCAGGCUUUGCUUCAACAAAGAGGUGUAUGCCUCGUUUCUUUUCCUGGAUGGGAAAAGAUUAACGAGGCUGAGUUGGCAAAAGGAGCAAAAUUGGGAAAAAGCAGAGAAAAACUAUCGAAUGUGGAAGAAAUGCUGCAGGUGGCAAAUCAGUGAAGCAUCCCUCUAGCAAGAAGGCCAUGACUGACCGACUACUUUGAACUCAACCUUGAAAUGGCAUCUUCUGCCUCAGCGGCAGUUUAUUGCAGAAAGGUUUAAAUUCUUAUUUUCUUUGUUGAAAAGAGGUAGAGUUCCUUUUCUUAGUCUUAAAAUAGGUAGACUUAAAUAUCCCUUUAAUACUAGGGUGCAACACUUCUUUCCAUGGUUAAUUUUAUAUCCUGUCUCUCGCGAGGAGAAUUCAAAAUGAAUUGUACCCUGAGGCAGAGUUGGAAAAUGUAUACCUGAUGAAUGUGUCUAAUGAUUUCCCGGUUCCCUCUGAAGUCAUCAAAAGUGACACUUGAAUGGUAAUCAAAAAGAGUAAUCCUUGGAAGAAAGUGAUUGUUUCAAGACUUGUUCAGGGCAAGUAGAAAUGUGGUAGAAUAAGUAAAAACUUAAUUAUUUGUGCAAACCUAUCCAAAGACCUUAAAUCAUGUCUACAUAUUUAAGCUUGGUUUGUGAGCGAGGAAUUGUGUUUGUUGCUACCCUAAUUUUAAACCAUCUACACUUGUAACGGUUUGUGCUCCAACGGUGGAGCACAAACUACGACCUUGGCUUACAGUUAGUUUCCGGAAAUGGAUGCAGGCCCCACAGUUAAUUCAUUUUAGAAUAUUUGACACGUUGUCCAUUACACACUAGUUCACAAAUUUUUCAAAUGAGUCAAAUGAUCCAUCCAGUAGAGCCUCUACCUAGCGUUAUAAUGCAUAAUGUCCUGCUUUACACUUGGCUGAUAAAUGUGCUGGUAAUCUGGCACAGUGUAGGAUUCUGUCACAGUGUUUUUUUUUGUACCAGUUGAAAUGAGACUACAAAUUUACUUGGGAUCAAAUAAAAAUAUCCUUUGUA